UUUUGGGUUCCUGUUUUUGUCUUUCAACUAUCUCCCGUCUCCCCAAACUCAAACGCUACUGAAGAGCUUCCCAUUGUCUCUCAACCAAUAACUGGGGGAUCUACUUCACCCAGUUCUUUUUAUUUAUUUUUUUGGAUAAGGUAAGGUAAGUAUUAUUAUAUUUCACAGAGUCAUCUUCAACAUUCAGGAUUGAAAACUCUUUCACACGCCAAGUGGGGGGGAGUGGUAAGGCUUAAAAUGGAGCAGUAUGAAAUUCUCGAGCAGAUUGGGAAAGGUUCUUUCGGUUCUGCUCUUCUUGUGAGGCAUAAACAUGAAAACAAGAAGUAUGUGUUGAAGAAGAUCCGUCUUGCUCGCCAAACUGAUAGGACUCGUAGAUCUGCCCACCAGGAGAUGGAGCUUAUUUCUAAAGUGCGGAAUCCAUUCAUUGUGGAGUACAAAGACUCCUGGGUGGAAAAGGGUUGCUUUGUAUGCAUUGUAAUAGGAUAUUGUGAAGGAGGAGACAUGGCAGAAGCUAUUAAAAGGGCCAAUGGUGUUCAUUUUUCUGAAGAGAAACUUUGUAAAUGGCUAGUUCAACUCCUCAUGGCACUUGAAUACUUGCACGCCAACCAUAUUCUUCACCGUGAUGUCAAGUGCUCAAAUAUAUUUCUAACAAAAGAUCAAGACACACGUCUAGGUGAUUUUGGUCUUGCUAAGAUGUUGACUUCUGAUGAUCUUGCUUCUUCUGUUGUGGGAACUCCAAGUUACAUGUGCCCUGAGCUUCUUGCUGAUAUACCUUAUGGUUCGAAAUCAGACAUAUGGUCUUUAGGAUGCUGCAUAUAUGAAAUGGCUGCUCACAAGCCUGCAUUUAAAGCUUUUGAUAUGCAAGCUCUGAUUAACAAAAUAAAUAAGUCUAUUGUGGCUCCCCUUCCGACCAUGUACUCUGGUGCAUUUCGAGGGCUCGUUAAAACCAUGCUGCGGAAGAAUCCAGAGCUUAGACCAAGUGCUGCCGAGUUGCUCACUCAUCCACAUCUUCAACCGUACAUAAUUAGGAUUCAUCUAAAACUGAAUAGCCCCAGACGGAAUACUUUCCCCGUCCAGUGGUCUGAUUCUAACUACAUAAAGAGAACAAGAUUUGUAGAGCCAGAAACAAUUUCCAUUCAUUCUGUCAAAGAGAAGAGGAGGUCAUUUAGCAAUGAUAGGACCUUGAAUCCUAGUGUAUCUGGAACUGAACAGGACUCACUGUGUUCUUCUCAAAGAGCACAGGACUUCCCAAGCUUGAAUCAAAAGUUCACAGAAUUAUAUGUUGGUUGCCUCCACAAAGAAUAUGAUAUUGAUAAGUCAAUAACCACUAAGUUUUCAAGUGUUGCCAAGACUCCAAGAUUGACACCAAGAAAGGUUUCUGCUACACCGAGGAGACAGACAACACCAUUGAAGAUAUCCCACACUGGUUCAAAACGUGACUCACUUCCGAUGUCACAAACUCCAGAGAGAAGAUUUUCUUUGCCAGCACGAAGAGCAUCUCUUCCAUAUUCAACAAGAGCUGCAGCCUCAGAAACCCCUUAUAGAGCCAAUGUUGGUCUCCUUCACAGGAUGGAGUCUCCAGAUGUCUCUGUCAAUGCCCCACGGAUUGACAAGAUGGCUGAAUUCCCCUUAGCUUCUUCGGAAGACCCACUCUUUCGAAUCCAUAGAACUUCAUCAACACCUGCACAAUGCUCUUCCAACUCACCAGCCAGUGCUGACCUCUCAAUCACAAAGGACAAAUGUACAGUCCAAGUUAUGGACAGAACCUUUUCCAGGCCCGAUUUCAAUGAUGCCGGCUGUGGAGCUACUGGAAGUGGCAGUGAAUGCUCUGAUCACAAUCCAACAACUGGUGUUUCAAGUCGUUCAUCUUCCGAGUCACGACAGCCUCGGUUUGACACCUCGUCGUACCAGCAACGUGCAGAGGCAUUGGAAGGGUUGCUUGAGUUCAGCGCACGGCUCUUACAACAAGAAAGGUUUGAGGAGCUUGGCGUGUUGUUGAAGCCAUUUGGGCCUGAGAAAGUCUCUCCCAGGGAAACUGCAAUAUGGUUGACUAAGAGCUUCAAGGAGACAGCAGUUUAGAUGGAAUACUGAUGAUGCCAUGUGAUAGUUGCAAAUGUACAUUAUUUCAACCUUUUGACAUAUGAAACUUAAAAGAGUAGGUAGCUGUAAGUCUUCAUCUUGAAGGCAGCAUAGACUGAUAGAAACUGAGUGCUUCUCUUAUUCCCCAAAAUAGAGACAAUUUGACUGAUCUUUUUAAGUUUUAGGUACUUGGUAGGGUGUUUUUCAGCUCCAAAAAGAGAUUGCUUUAUACAAGUUGAAAGAAGUCAUGGAGAUGAAUUUCGUGA